CACUGGAGUGCUAUCAGGGAUAAUUAUUAUGAUAGCUUUGAGGGUCAGUUAGCUCAUGCAAUAACCAUGGUCUUAUUAUAGUGUACUGUAAAGCUGUAAAUGUUAAGGUUAGCAAAGGUGAGGAAUUUUUGCCUCUGACAGUAUUGUUUGCAUGGUCUAACGUAUUUGGGAAUUUUCACUGUUAAGCUGCAUGCUCUCCUUAGUGGUGAGGUGUGCUGUGACCUGUCAGGUUUUGCUUUGCAAACGUUGUUACCCUUUAAGGUCAGUGCAGGAAGCCAUGUCUGAGGAAAGCUGUGGAGAAUUGAUGCUCCUGUCCACUCCCUUUGGGGCUGACAUUCAUUAAUAUAUUAGAUCUGUAACCGGAUGGAUAUCUGUAGAAGAAAGGUGAGGAAUCGUCAUGAUUAAUUAAUUAGAAGUCCUGAGAAAAGCAUGAGCUUUAUUCGAAGUCCUGCCUGCUAUUUUGAGAGAUGACAGCAGGUGGCAACCUCUCCCUAAAAAUUCUGUUGUGGAAGAGUUCAAUACUUGCAAAUUUUUCUCAAGCAGCCAGAAGAGUUUGCUAAAGAAGGGUUUUUUCCUUCCGUAAGGAUUGUGAAUCCUCUCCUGGAAACAAAUAUGCAUAGUAUAUAGAAGGAUCACUUCUCUAAAAGUAAGACUCAAAUCCGGCUUCUUUUUUUUCUCCUUUCAAACUCAGAGCUCACUGACUUAUGGAGGAGGUGCUGCUGUAUCUCUCAGACCCUCAGCUGCAGUGGAGCUGAACUGCUCGGACAUUCUUAAGAGACACUGUGAUACUGUGAUCUUUUAGCUUCUUAUGCAUCUUCUGUUGGCCUUAAGUUUGUUGGAACCGAUGCUGGUUUGCCUUUAGGGCUCAGGGACACACUGAACCUGUUCAAUACUUCUGCAGUUGUUCUGUUGACAUUGAGCCACUCUAAAUGGAGUGUUGUUUGCUUUCCUCCAUCUGGGUGGGUUACUAUGACCAAGACACUUUACCUUCACAUUCUGUUCUGACUUAAGAUUGUGAAAAGAGAACAGUAAUGAUGCAGUAAUUGACUUUCUUAUGUAAAACUCUCUAUUGACAAGAAAAGCCAAACAAUUGAUCAGUACUGUUCCACACAAGUUUUUCAACUUAUCUUUAUUUGCACAUUAAAUGUGAAUUAUUUCGGGCAUGCAGUCAGUCCAGAACACAGGUAGGGAGGGGGAAUUUGUACCACUUAUCCAACUAAGUUUGUGAUAGUUGCACUUUUCACUGAUUCCUUACCAGUUAAUUUCCUAUAAGGAAGAGGUCUCUUGGCCAUUGUCUAUUAAUGUUCAUAGGGAAGUUUCUCUCUCACAAGCCAAGAAGCAGUGAGGCCUGAGUGUACAGCCAGCUCCUACAACUGAUGGAUUGUAACUGGAGGAGGAAGAGGCAAGAAAGGGACUUGUAAGGAGCAUACCAGCUGUCCUGCCCCGCCACGGUCGUGGACCCAGCUAGAGCCUUAUGCAAUAGACUUGCUAGAAGAUUCACCUAACUUCUGGGGAUAUUUUCACUCUCCUCUGCCAAUGAAGGGAGAAGACCUGGACAGGGUUUCUGCAGUAGUAUGGGAGGCAUGAGUAGGUGCUAGAACAUCUUGAGAGAUGCACUGAAGAGAGAGUGUGGUGGAACCCUAGUGACUACCCCACAAAGUGUGUACUGGAAGACUGGAAAGUGAGCUUUAGAGAUUUGUUAUGGUAAUGAGGAGACGACCUUUCCACCUGUAUUCGUAGGGGGCAUAAAGAAGUAGUUGCACUUUUUUUAAUUGUACAGGAGUUCUGUUCAGAUUCUUCUGGGCCUUAACUAAGUUGGGAUAAGCCUGAUGUGAGAAUAGCAGUUGGCAGUUUGAGCUUUGGGAGAUACUGCUGCAGACUAAUGCUAAAAAGCAUUAAAUAGAUUCUAGUCAAUCAGCGUAUCCUAAUAGUGCAUGGGGGAGAGAGAGAGGGGAUGUCUUUAACUUCUGACUCAUAAGGCAGAAGAAACCUUAAAAAAGGUGUAGAAUUAUUAGCUGGGAGGUCCAAGCCCAAGAAGUAAUGCUGACUAAACCUCCCCCUUGCGUGGACCCCAAGAAGCCACAGUUUCAAACAAGCCCUGCAUCUGAACAGAGGGCCAUGUGAUGCAGGUUGUGGUUUGCACAAACACUGUCAAGUAACCAGGAGAGGUUAAUCACAGCAAACUGACAAGAUGCAGAGGGUUUUGCUGUGCUGCCUGCUGACAGUUUUACUUUAUUCAGCAUGAUAUCAUCUGAGCAUACAGUUCUGUUUAGCUAAACAGCAGGGCAGCCAAGCUGGAAAAGUGUAGGCAGCGUUCAUGAGAGUGACCCCACUAGCCUGUGAAUAUCCACGCAGCAUUUAUGAUACUUAGAAGGCGUGUUUGUGGUCAGGAGUGAGCACUGGGUGUUUUCUCCUUUGUAAGAAUAGGAUCCUACUCAGAGCAAUAAUUAUUUGUAUUGUAUUCACUUGUCUUUAUAUUCAGUUUUGCAGCCUCCUAGCUGCCUGCUGUUGAUAUUUGAUUUUCAGUUAACCUGCUACAUUGUUGACCUACUAAUCUCUCUCCAGAGACUUGGGGAAAUUUUGUUCCCGUUUUACAGGUGUCCCUGGAUCUAUCCUGAGUAAAUAAAGGGCUGCUAUCAGUGCUGAGAUUGAAACCCAGUAGUAACUAGUGGAUUGCUUUUUCUCACCUUCUACCACUUGCUGGCUCCAAGAGAAAAAUCUGGAAAAUGAAGCUAAAAGAAAUUGAGCGAACAGCUGUGCAGGCGUGGAGUCCGGCAAACAACCACCCUAUUUACCUAGCAACAGGAACGUCUGCCCAACAGCUGGAUGCUUCCUUCAGUACAAAUGCCAACUUGGAAAUAUUUGAGGUUGACUUCAGGGAUCCCUCCCUAGACAUGAAGCAGAAAGGAGCACUUCCUGCCUCAAACAGGUUUCAUAAGCUGAUCUGGGGGAAUUUUGGCAAUGGGUCUGCAGAGUCCUCUGGAGUGCUCAUUGGUGGGGGGGAUAAUGGAGUGCUGACAAUGUACAGUGUGCAGCGCAUCCUGACUUCCAAGGGCGACCCCGUCAUCGGGCACACAGAGAAGCAUUCAGGUCCUGUUCGGGCCCUUGACUUCAACCCUUUUCAGAGUAAUCUCUUGGCUUCUGGAGCCAAUGAUUCUGAAAUUUUCAUCUGGGACUUGAAUAAUUUCAGUGUGCCUAUGACUCCAGGGACUAAAUCACAGCCUCAUGAAGACAUCAGUGUGGUGUCCUGGAAUCGGCAGGUGCAGCAUAUCCUGUCCUCUGCUCACCCCAGCGGCAAGGCUGUGGUUUGGGACCUCAGGAAGAAUGAGCCCAUCAUCAAAGUCAGUGACCACAGCAACAGAAUGCAUUGCUCAGGAAUGGCCUGGCAUCCAGAAGUUGCAACCCAGCUAGUCCUUUCCUCUGAGGAUGAUCGUUUGCCAGUGAUCCAAAUAUGGGACUUACGCUUUGCCACCUCUCCUCUUAGCCAGCUGGAAGGGCACACGAGGGGAGUUCUUGCUGUUUCUUGGUGCCAGGCUGACCCUGAGUUGCUAUUGAGUAGUGCCAAAGACAAUCGGAUCUUGUGCUGGAACCCAAGUAUGGGGGAGGUGGUGUAUGAGUUGCCCAUUCGGAGUCAGUGGUGCUUUGAUGUCCAGUGGUGUCCUAGGAAUCCUUCAGUCUUCUCUGCCGCCACUUUUGAUGGGUGGAUCAACGUUUAUUCUGUUAUGGGUGGGAACUUAGAAGCUCAGCAGAAGACACAGGCUGACAAGAUCUCUUCCUCCUUCAACAACCUGGAUCCCUUUGGCACAGGACAGAGCCUUCCUCCUCUGCAGGUGCCAGAGCAAGUAACUCAGACCACUGUGAUUCCACCAUUAAAAAAGCCUCCCAAGUGGAUUCGCAGACCUGUGGGGGUUUCAUUUGCAUUUGGAGGAAAACUGAUUACCUUUGGUCAUACCAAAGCUCCUGGACAGCAAAUACAGCAGACUUAUCCACACCAGGUAUUCAUCAGUCAAGUCACUACUGAAACUGAAUUCCUACUCCGAUCCAAAGAACUGCAGAUGGCCUUGCAGUCAGGAAACCUCCUUGAUUACUGCCAGGGCAAGAUCCAGACAGCCAAGGUGCCAUUUGAUGAGAACCUUUGGAACUUCUUGAAGGUGAAUUUGGAGCAGGAGUCCAGGACUAAACUUCUCAAGCUGCUGGGCUACAGUAAAGAGGAUCUGCAAAAAAAGAUCACCUCAUGUUUGAGUAAUGGGAUCUCAGAUAAGCAGCCACUUCCUGAGGCAGGCAGUACAAACGCUGCACCAGAUCAGCUUUUGAUGAAUUCCAGCGAUGAUGUAGCUGCUGUUUCUUCCUCUUCAGCCUUUUUUGAUAACCUCAUCCCACAGAAUAUGAGUACAUUGGAGAUUCCUGUCACAGAAGAUACAGAUGGACUCAUCAGCCAGGCCCUUUUGUUGGGGAAUUUUGAGGGUGCAGUGGAGCUGUGCAUGCGAGCAGAGCGCUUUGCUGAUGCCAUCAUCUUAGCUAUAGCUGGUGGGGAUACCCUCCUAAAGGAAACCCAGAAGCGCUACUUUGCCAAGCAGAAAACAAAUCUCUCUGUGCUGCUUUCCUCCAUUGUGCAGCAGAACUGGCAAGAUAUUGUUUGCACGUGUGAUCUACAGAGCUGGAAGGAGGCACUGGCCAUCUUGUUAACAUAUUCAAAGCCUGAAGACUACACUCAGCUCUGUGACAUGCUGGGUGCCCGCCUGGAGUCAGAGGGAGAUGCAGCCCUCUCCAAUGAUGCCUGCCUCUGCUAUAUCUCAUCAGGCAAUGUGGAGAAGCUGGUGGAAUGCUGGGUAAAAAACCAUGAGACUUCGUCACCACUUGCCCUACAGGAUCUUAUAGAGAAGGUGAUGGUGCUGAGCAGGUCCAUUGAGAUGCUCCGAGGCACAGCAGGACCAGCACCAGGCCCUGUCUUGGCAGAACGAAUCACCCAGUAUGCCAGUCUGCUGGCAUCACAGGGAUGCUUGGCAGCUGCAAUGAAUUACCUACCCAGCAGCUCUAAAGAGCUCCUGAUUGAACAGCUCCGAGACCGGCUCUUUCAUGCUCAAGGAGAGAAUGUGGGUGAUCAGCAGCCACCCCCUUUUCCCUACACUCGUGUUCAUGUAGGGGUCAUUAAACCCACAGCAGCCAAGGGUGGUUCCACUCUUGAAGGAGCAGCCCACAAAGCAGGUCCCAGACAUCCAGAGAAGCCCAACUAUCAGUCAUCAUUUGCCCCUUCAGCACCAUCUCAGCCUUCAGUGCCUUCCCUCUUCACACCUCAGCCAGUGCCAGCGAUGUCUGUGACACCUCAUCACAUUGCCCCUCCCCAGGCCAGCACAGGUCCACCAGCAAGUGUCUAUUCCAGAGGGCACCCAUAUCCACAGUACAACUUGGGCUUGAAUCCAGCAACUGUCUCAGGGCCAGCUGUUUCACAGUCUCAGCCAUUUGGACCAGUGGGAGUCAGACCUGUUGGUCCUGCUCCCUUCUCCAGCCAGCCCUCUCUGCCAGGACAGUCCAUGCCCAUGACAUCUCCUGGUGUUCCACCACCCAGACCUACUCUCUUCACUCCAGCCUCAGUCCCAUCAUCCCAGCUCCCUGCAGCUUGUCCUCUCCCUGUGGCAAGCCAGUCUCCUCUAGACUUUUCUUCAGCACCUUUCAACUGCCCCAUGAACAUGGGUUAUCCUCAGGGAGGUCCUGGAGCUCCAUCUACUAAACCACUGCCAGCAGCCAUUCCUCCUCCUCCCACAGCUCAGGAUUCUUGGAGUGAUCCCUCCACUGGAAGAGGAGGCCUUCAAAAGAAAAAGUUGCCUGAGAAAUUUACUCCUCUGGCCCCCAUCACAGCUCCAGUAAUGAGCCUGCCUGCUGAACCCCAAGGGAUCCAUCCUCAGCUAUCCAGGUUGCAAGAAUCUGGCCAGUCACCCCCAGGAGCACCUAAGGAAGGCAGCCUACAGUAUCACCAGCUACCUGUGGAAAGCAUUGAGAGGAAGGAGCUGCCCCCUGAGCACCAGCCUUUGAAGGCUACAUUUGAAGGGUUGGUGCAACGCUGCUCAGCUGUUGCCACUGAUCCAAAAACGCGAAGGAAGCUGGAGGACGCGUUACAGCGGCUGGAGUGUUUGUAUGAGAAGCUCCGAGAGCAGGCACUCUCUCCAACCAUCCUCAUGGGUCUCCAUGAAAUUGCCCGAUGCAUUGAGGCUAAGAACUACUCACAGGGUCUCCUGGUUCACACCCAAGUUGUGAGCAGCAGCAGUUUCAGUGAGGUGUCUGGUUUCAUGCCCAUCCUGAAAGUCCUCAUGACCAUAGCAGGCAAGCUGAAUGUGUAAAGUGUGGAGCAAUGGAACAGUGCACACCAAGAGCUGGUGGACCGCCUCACCUGUUCAUGUGCUGCAGGUUGUAGACUCUCCUUCUGACUCUGGAGAAAUAGGUCCAUGCCAGUGCCUGGAACUGUGCUAGGCCAGCAUGCCUGGCCCCAUCCACUUUCAGACAGCCCACUGGUGCCUGCAGCUCCUGGAGACUGUUCUUUCUCUCUUCUUUCUUCCUAGUCUGAGGCCACUUUUCAGCCCGGGGAUCUCAAUUUCAGGCUGUCCAGGUUGCACAGUGGUCUUUCAUCUUCCCUAUAUCGCCAGCACAAAGGGGAAACUUCUGCCCUUCUAGGCUGACAUUGCUUCUUAUUUUUCAGGAAACAAACAGGGCUGGUACCUGCAGCAGCAUCACAGAAGAGUCUCAGGCUCUAUUCCCUGCUGCAGAGUAAACUUCCUGAGUGGUAGCUGGGCUGCCUUGGGAAUCUAGGCUGGUGUGUCCUCAUUCUGUUGGGCUGCAGCAAGGGUCUCUCCUGCCUCCUUCUUUAUCUUCAUUCUCAUCCUUGACUCACCCUUUCACCCCUCUGCACCCAUAUCCUGCUACAGCUGGGGCUAACUACUAGUCUACUCCGGGCUAGCUUUAGUUCUCUUUCGUCUUCACCCAGCUCUCUUGUUUUUAAAAGUCAAGUCUCCUGUUUACCCUCUAUCCACCUUCUUUUAUAUCUUUUUUUCCCAUCCGCUGCAGGCUCAAGCCCAUAAUAUUUCAGGUCCAGGGAUGAUUUCCCUUUCCAGUUGGUGGGACUCUCCCAUUCAGGAAUGUUGGCAGGUUGUACUCUGUGUGCUUCUCUCCAGAGCCAGUCGCAUCCCAUCUUGGGGCUAAAAGCUGCCUUUUCUGGCUCCUGGCCUUUUACACUUCUUUUAUUUUAGCACAGCUGGACUUUUACCCACUGAUGUUAUCUAAAGGCUUCCUACUUCAGGUUUUUCAGAUGGCCUAGGGGCUUUAAGAACAGCAGGGACUGUUUAAGUCCCAUAAAGAUUUCCCUUGAGCUACCCUGACCAGCCCAGACUUGAGCAGGGAGAGACAGCUCAUUGCUACAUGUAUGGUGCAUUCAUACUGCCUACAGUUGCAGAUACAUGCAAAGGUGGUUCUCAAAGGCCCCUUGGCACUAUGGUGGUAGGAAUAUGCUGCAGGAGGUGAUGCUGUCAGGACUUGAAGAUGUGGAUUGUGCUGAGACUUGUCAUCACUGUGGCAAUUCCUCUGGGAGUAGAUGAAUGAAGCAUAUCUGUUCUGAGGAAGAAGUCUGGGAAAGGAGGUGGGAUUUUGGGGCACAUCUUUGUGUGUGUAUAUUUCCCUCUCUUCCUCACUCCUUUCCUUCUCUCUCAACAUCCUUCUUACUAACCAGGCAGCAUAAUCAUUGAUCCAUAGCUGAGAGCAAGGCUUAUUCCCAAGAUAUGGAUGCAGCCAGCCCCUUACACUGCUAGCUUCUUGAGUGAUAAUGCUGUCGUGGACCUGCGGUUCAGUGGCAUACACGAAUCAACCUAGUCUACCACGAGACUUAGGAGGGAGGAGAAUCAGAGAAGGGAGGAAGAGGACAUGUCUCAUUCUCUCCUUUCCAUGUCAAAGUGCCUCCUUGUUGCUGCUGUGUUGUUUCUAUUGCUGCGGUUUGAUGCACUGAGAAAUUACAGAACAGUGAAAUAAAAGCUGUGUUUUGUGAUGCUUUUUUUCA